AUGUUAUCUUCUUUCGCAUUACCUGCUAUCCUCUUCUGCAUCGCCUGCUAUCCUCUUUCGCCUCACCUGCUAUCCCCUUCUGCCUCACCUGCUAUCCUCUUCUGCCUCGCCGUCUAUCCUCUUGCGCAUCUCCUGAUAUCCUCUUCCGCGUCGCCUGCUAUCCUCUUCUGCCUCACCUGCUAUCCUCUUUCGCAUCUUCUGCUAUCCUCUUCCGCCUCACCUGCUAUCCUCUUUCGCCUCACCUUCUAUGCUCUUUCGCCUCACCUGCUAUACUCUUUCGCAUCUCCUGCUAUCCUCUUCUGCCUCGCCUGCUAUCCUCUUCCGCCUCACCUGCUAUACUCUUCUGCCUCAGUUGCUAUCCUCUUCUGUCUCACUUGCUCCCUUGCCUUAAUGCACAUGUGCGCAUUCCAAUUAUAUCUAUCUAUCUAUCUAUCUAUCUAUCUAUCUAUCUAUCUAUCUAUCUAUCUCAAUCACUUCCUUCCUAUCUAUCUAUCUAUCUAUCUAUCUAUCUAUCUAUCUAUCUAUCUAUCGUAUUCAUUUCAUUAUCGCUUUUCUUCUUGCCAUUGA